AUGACAUCUAAUGCCCUUUCUGGUAUCCCCGUCGGUCGCUUCUCAUCAUCCCUUGAGAUGACUUCGCUGACCAAGCAAAAGGAAGAGGAACUGGCCGUGCUAAGAACACAGCAGCCUCGCAAAAAACGGAACAAGGUAGCCCUUGCCUGUGAAGAGUGUCGUGAGCGUAAAGUCCGCUGCGAUGGCGUCCAACCUGUCUGCGGGACCUGCAGUCGACGGUACCACGGUCAGAAACUGUGUAACUAUGGGAAUGAUAUACCCAAGGCAGCUGUUGACAGGCACUACAUUCGAACUUUGCAUGAUCGUAUUCGUCACCUGGAAAAUAUUUGUCAAGUUCGAAGAUCCCACAUGACAAGCCAGCAGGAACUGGAACCGUCUGGGUCCGAUCAGAGAGCAUAUUUCCCUAGGUGGGAUGCAGAGAGCCGACAUACCACUGAUGACCCGAUGCAGGUGUCGGUGCCUUCAGUCCAAGAGGGUAGAGCGGCGCCAGAGGUGGUAGCAGAGGCGGCUGCUGGUCCACAGGCAAAUCCAGACUUCUUGACGACAAAACGUGCUGCUGAGACACAGGAUGGCCAUGAGAAUCCCGUCAAUGCCAUGGGCACUGGAUACAUUGGCUAUCGCCGCGUUGUGACCGACAACGAAGGAUACUUUGGAAAGUCGUCCGCAGCCUCUUUUUUCAAUCAGGUGCGGGAAGUGUUUUACCGUUGUACGGGUAAAAACCCAGGCCAAUUUUGCCCAAGAUCCCUUCGCAGUCAACCAAGAAAGGAGGGGCCAUCGGUUUGCCUCGCCUUUGAUGCAGAGAGCGCAGGGGAUUAUUCUCUACCACCUCGGGCAAUUGCGGACAAGCUUCUCGAUCUCUAUCACCGACGUGUCUACGGCCUUUAUCCAUUUAUACACUGGGAAACCCUGAUGAAUGGUUAUAAACGGCUAUGGACUGCUGAACCAGCGCCUUACGACGAUUCACAUGCGAUCGGGCUAGGAGCACCGGACUGUCCUCAGCCGGUAUUCUACUCAGCCUUGAACAUGAUGUUCGCUCUUGGACUGCAGUUUUCUGACGAUCCAUUCGAACAGCGGGAGGCCAUGUCGAAGUUAUUCUUCCGCCGCUCCAACCGCCUAUGCCACAUUGAUAUCCUUGACCGUGGGAGCCUGGCCAUUGUACAGACCUUAUUAAUCAUGGCACAAUACCUGCAAAGUACUAAUUUGCCCAAUCGAUGUUGGAACGUCGUUGGUCUAGCUUGUCGGAUAGCCCAGGGCCUUGGGAUGCAUCUUCCAGAGGGGGAUGAAAUGCGAUCCGAGCUUGUCCUCGAGAUCAGGAGGCGGACAUGGCAUGAAUGCGUAUUGUUGGAUACAGUGCUAAGCACCACGCUCGGCCGGCCCGCUACGAUAUCAUACCAAUAUACAGUUCCCCUGCCCCGUCCAAUUGAUGAUGAGUGCCUCACUCAGCGAGGUGCUGAUGCUGCCCAACUGAGCAGAGGUUUCGCCAAGUCGUCCUUCUUUAUCCAGGCGCUGAAGUUGAAUGCAAUUCUGAGCGAUGUCUUGUCCAAGGCUUAUAACCCGAUUGACACAGCGCAAGAAAGGACGGAUGAUCUGGACGAGCGGGCAUGGAGCCAACUAACCCAAACCAUCAUCGACAUUGACGUGAAGCUCGCUAAAUUUGAACGGGAACUUCCAGCACCAUUUCGCUGGUCCGAAGUGCCUCCGGGUGCAUUAGAGCCAGAGAAUCUGGUCCAGCUUCAACGGAAUGUUCUGGGAGAACGCUUUUUCCUUAUACGUGUUCUUCUCUAUCGGCCGGUUCUAAUCCGUCUCUGUGACAUCGAACUCGCCAGUAUUGGGUCCAGCAGAACUCCGACCCGUGGUAUGGAACCCGGUCUGGACUUCAUCUCGAGAUUUAAGCGGCAGUGCUCGGCGGCCUGUAUCGAGUCUGCACGAAGUUUAAUUUGCCUAGUCAACGUGACUGCAAGUGCUCUGAGCACCGGCGCCGGAGCAUGGUGGUACAACCUCUACUACACAUUCACCUCCGCCAUGGUUCUGGUUUUGUGUGACCUUUGUCCGUCUAUUCGGGAUAUGCUUGAUAGGGAGGGCUUGGAUCGAGCGUGGCAGCAGUGCCAGGAUAUUUUGGCUCUAAUGAAACGCAGCACCACUGCUCUUGAAUCCUUCAAAGUUCUGCAGAAAAUGCGGACUUCAAUUCGAGCAGACCAGUCAGGGAUGAAUGCUGCAGAUAUCAACAGAAGCAGUGCGCCCGGGCCAAUUGGCCGUGGCAACCAGGAAUCUGUGAAUCUGAAUACCAGCUCUAUGUCUUGCGAACCGACUGCGGACUUAAAUGAUGGCGUUGAUCUAGGAUUUGAGGAGGCUGGGUGGACGAACAUGCUAUGGGAGGAUUUUUGGACUUUUGCGAGUGGCCAGCCGCUGACUUGGGACGCACGUGACCCAGGACGGACUAGUGCUCCAACAUUGUUGAAUUUUGGACCGGGGCCCUCCAACAACAACCUGACAAGUUUUGGCCCCGGUCUCGGACUAUACCCCAUGUAUACACUCCAACUGGCGAACGUCGUUCGUCGAUCCUCAACUAUCGCGACAUUCAACAACGGUCGGCCACACAACCAAACGAUGGGACAGCGGCAAGAAGACAAUGGUUCCCAGCCUCAGCUGAAUGGACUUCAGAGCAAUGGGCACCCAUCCCAAGAGUCUUGCUGGACCAUCGAUGAACUCCUACGAACCAAAGCCGCCGGUGACCCAGACCAGCAGGUCGUGUUCUACCCAAAAGCCGGGAUUGACUACAUUGGGUACACUGCAUCCCAACUUGAUACGUUCGCUUUUCGAGCGGCCACAGAAUACCUGCCUGAGAUCAAAGCUAGACAGUCCUCCAACGAAGCGCCGACUGUGGUAGCAUUGCUAGGAGUGUCGAACUUGGAUUACAUUGUCACACUAUUGGCUAUAAGUAAGCUGGGCCAUACGAUCUUACUGCUCUCGCCACGCUUGACAAAAGAGGCAUAUACUCGACUCCUGCAAGACACCGGCGCAAAAUUCGUGGUCUGCCAACCAGAACAUCGCGAAAAAGUUGAAGACAUUCCAGGGACCACAAUCAUACCAAUCUCCACCCAAGAUGGUUAUGGCAACCCGACACCCACACAGGAGAGUACGAACCUGACACCAGGCCUCGACUUGACCGUGGAAAGUACAAACCCGAUAUGGAUCUUUCAUUCGAGCGGCUCUACCGGCCUCCCGAAACCAGUCCCUUUGACGCAGCGGGGAGCGUUGGCAAAUUACCAGCGGAAUAUCGAGAAGCUGACCCUGCGGUGUUUCUCGACUUUGCCGCUAUUUCAUACCCAUGGAAUGGGAAGUCUUUUCCGUGCCAUUAUCACCGGCCGGCCGGUUUAUUUCUACAACGUUUCGCUGCCUUUGACAAAGGACUAUCUGAUCGAAUCCCUGGAGAGACACCACUUCGAACUCUUCUCGGUUGUCCCAUACGCUCUUAAGCUUCUCUCAGAGCCUUCCAAGGGAAUCGAGCUUUUGAAAAAGCUGCAGUUGGUUACUUUUGGAGGAUCGCCGUGUCCCGACUCUCUGGGAAAUAUGUUGGCUGAGGCUGGGGUCCACUUGGUCAGCGUCUAUGGGAUGAGCGAAACGGGGCCUUUGAUGAUGUCUACUCGACCUCGAAGCGACAAAACCUGGAACUACCUGCGUCCGACGGCCGAAGCGAAACCAUAUCUUACUUUUGAGCCCCGAGAGAAAGGUACUUAUGAGUUGGUUUGCCUACCUGGAUUACCAUCGAAGUCCAUGUCCAAUCGCGAUGAUGGCUCGUAUGCGACUAAGGACCUCUUUGUCAAGCAUCCCUCCCUAGAGGCAUGGAAGUAUUGCGGCCGCAAUGACGAUAUUGUGGUCCUAGAGAACGGAGAAAAAGUCAACCCAGUCGAUAUCGAAGGGGCGGUGACGCGACACGAGCUAGUCAAUGCUGCAGUCGUCUUCGGAACUGGCAAGCCGUACCCAGGCAUGCUAGUGAUUCCUUCGUCCGCGGCCGGCGACAUUGCAGCGAAAAACCUCCUCGACCUUGUCUGGCCCACGAUUGAAGCUGCCCAGGUUAUGACUCCUGACUAUGCAAAAAUGAGUCGGGACAUGGUGAUUAUUCUUCCUCCCAAUACUCCCUAUCCCAAGACCGACAAGGACUCGGUGAUUAGGAAAAGGUUCUACGUGCGGUUCAGCAAAGAGAUCGAUGACUACUAUUCCACCGAGACAGCCGGAACGGUGGUUUCUUUGAACAAGGAUGAAAUCCUCUCCUUGGUUCGUACUGGAGCCGAAGCAAUCCUCAGCCCCCGCCAGGUUUCCGAUGAUGCCGACUUUUUUGCACUGGGCAUGAACUCACUUCAGGCCGCUCAACUGCGAAACUUCAUACUGAAGAAGGUUGGAGGACCGGCUUUGGGUCUCAAUGUUGUCUUUGAGCAUCCGUCGGUUCGCUCUUUGGCAGAAUACAUGAGCUCGGACUCUCAGGACCCUCAGAGUGCAUCCCUGCCGGACAACAACAAAAUCAACCAGAUGAUCGAAAAAUACAGUCAAUUUGCACAACACCAGCCGCGUCCUAGAACUUCUGAGUCCCAGGGCCAGUAUGCUGUUUUGACCGGGAGUACCGGGUCCUUAGGAGCACAUCUCCUGAGAACCCUGAUCUUGGACCCCCAGGUGCGAAUGGGAUAUUGUUUGGUUAGGGCCGCUUCUGUCACAGACGCUCGCCACCGUGUGUUCCGCUCCCUGCAUACCCGAAAGCUCUAUUUCAAUAUUCCCAGUGCAGUUCGAAAGAAGAUUGUCUGUGUCCCCACAGAUUUCUCCAGUCCCUCACUUGGGCUUUCUCCCGAGCUAUAUGACCGAAUUGUUCGCCAAUUGACCGUUGUCUACCACUGUGCAUGGGCUGUAAACUUCAACUUGCGGCUCGAGAGUCUCGAACGAGACUGCAUUGCCGGAGUGAAAAAUCUCAUUGACCUCUGCCUCAGCGCCCAUGGGCCCCACCCCGCCACGUUUAGUUUCCUAUCGUCGAUAGGAACCGUUCUCCGGGCCAAGGAUAAGACUGUGCCAGAAUCGUUGCCCACAAGUCCGUCCAAUUCACAGCCAACUGGCUAUGCACUGUCCAAGUUUGUGGCUGAGCAUGUAUGUAUGAACGCUGCUGCCCGGGUGGGGAUCCCCGUCUAUAUCAACCGAAUUGGGCAAAUUGUGGGGGACACGGUGUAUGGCAUCUGGAACAGUUCAGAAGCAAUUCCCCUUCUGAUGCAGUCCGCGACUACCAUUCAUUCGCUGCCAAGCUUCGACGAAAUGGUGCGCUGGCUGCCUGUCGAUGUGGUUGCUAAGAUCGUGAUGGAAAUCACCACGUCUGGCGCUGCCUCAGGCGUGUUCAACAUUGUCAAUCCUCAUGGAGUCAGUUGGACCCAUGACAUCGUCCCAUAUCUCCGCCAGGCGGGCCUGGACUUCGAGUUGGUUGACCCACCUACAUGGCUGAAACGCCUACAAGAAGCCAGCAACCCAGAGAAAAACCCUCCGGUCAAGCUCUUCGAAUAUUUCAAGCGUCAAUUCAGCAAUGUGGAACCCCGACGUGCUGUUGUGUUUGAGACAGAGAAAUCUCUCCGGUGGUCUAGGACGUUCGCGGCUACCCAAGCACCUGAUCAGGUCCUGGUGGCGAAGAUGGUUCAACAAUUUAUUGUCACAGCGUGGACUUCGUCCAAAGCGAAGGCACCCUGUCGAUCUGUUGUAGCCUUCAGUGGUUCCGUUCCAAGUUCGCUUGGUGGGGCCGAACUGGACGCUCUGGAAUUGGUGGUCACAUUGAUUUCCAUGCAACUGGGUAUUCCGGUCCUGGAUUCGAAAUCGGCAGGCUUCGGUCCAGAAAUAAAUGGGACUGGUCACUUGGACUUGCACGGCGAUAAAGGUCCCGAGCACGGCCCAAUCCUCACCAUCGUGGACAGGGAUCAUAUCCGAGACCUAUCGUCUGGCCGGACGAGAUUUUUAGUCCUACCAAAUCCGACCGAGUCAAGCUCAGCAACUGAGGGCAACAUGGGUGACGAAACAAUCGACAUAAUACCUCUGACAGCGACAAAGAGCUCAAAGGACUUGGUUGAGGAAGCUACAUUUUGGAUACGAGACUUUUUGGAACAGGGAAAGAGUGCAGCCGUCUGA